GUGAAAAAUUACGAAAAGUAGUUUAGUUUAGUCAUUCAGCAAGCUCAGUGGUUUAGUCUCCUUUAGCGUUUUUCCUAUGUCCUUUGGUCCUCCCGUUAUUUCACAUUCUUCUAUUACUUCCAUGACCAUGAUCGUGACGAAUAGUUGAGUGUUAGAUCUAUGAGGUAUCUUGUUCGUGGCGUAAUGUUUUGAGAGGUUAAUUAUUUUACGAAUCUAUUAUUGUCGUUAUUGGAAGGUGGUUUAAUAAUAGAAGAAGGUUUUAUGCUCUUUACAUAUUUUUUUCAAUUUUAUAUGUACAUUGAAAGAAGAAAUAUGAAAGACUGCUCUAUUAGGAAUACUAGCAUAUGAUGUAUAUGAACAGAUAUUAAUAACGAUAAAAAUGGAACAGCUACAGACUGCACUGACAGCAAUUAAGGUAUUACGCUCAAGUGUUGGCCAGGUCUUUGACUCUUUAGGGAAUGGACUACGUGCUGAUCAUGGGGAAGAAAAUAAAGAAAAUAAAUAUUUGCUUGAAUUGCAAGAACUUUUAACAACAGUCAAUGUCAACCUAAGAGAUGUUGAACAAGCUGUAAGCAGUUUAAAUCCACCACCAGGACCAUUUAAUUUAGCAAGUACUACAUAUCUUAGUCAAGAAACAACGCAAGAAAGACAAGCAUUGUAUAGUACAUUAGUAAAUAGUUACAAGUGGACGGAUAAAGUUCAUGAAUAUAGCAAUGUUGCUCAAGCAAUACUUAGCCAAAAUUCUCUGAAAAGGUCUUAUAAUACUACUAGCAGAGCAAAAAGAGGUCGAAUCCAAACGAGUAAUCAUAAUGUUCCUCAACAACAAGUUGAUUCAUUAAUAGCCACAUUUGAUAGACUUUUUAAUGAUAUGACAGUAUCUGUAUCUCGACCAUUUGCAUCAAAUGUAGUAUUACAUGUUACCCUAGGACAUGUUUUAAAAGGAGUCAUAGCGUUUAAAGGUUUAAUGAUUGAAUGGGUAGUAGUUAAAGGUUAUGGAGAAACUAUGGAUUUAUGGACAGAGUCCAGACACAAGGUUUUUAGAAAAGUAACGGAAAAUGCUCACGCUGCUAUGUUACAUUUUUAUUCCCCUACAUUACCUGAAUUAGCUGUCCGAUCAUUUAUGACUUGGUUCCAUAGUUUAAAUAAUCUGUUUAGUGAUCCAUGUAAACGUUGUGGUUUACAUUUACACAGUGCUUUACCUCCAACAUGGAGAGAUUUUCGAACAUUGGAAUCCUAUCAUCAAGAAUGUAAACCAUAAGUAUUCAGAACAAAAUUCCAAAUUUCAAAUUCCAAAUGUUUUUUUAUAAAAUAUAUUUAAUUACAUGGAAAAAAAAUGUUUGCUUUUUUCAUAUACAUCUCUCUAACUAAAUAAUUAAAAACACUGAUAUUACUUAGUAAAUAUUUUUAUUUGUAGAUUUUAAAAGAUGUUGUAUAUGAUCUUCCCACUUAAAUUUAUCUGUUCAGCUUAAAUACAUUAAUCAUAAGUAUGUAAUUAAAAUAUUAUAGACAAUUGCUACGUAUAUAUACAAUUGCAAAUAAAACCAUGUUUGCAAUAUUA